CUCGAAGCACAGCAGAGCCAAGAAAGCAAAUUGACUUUCGAACGUGAAAGCAUGCAUGUUCUUUGAAUUUUUGUGGAACAGGAACAUCCAUCAAAAUUGACGGCGCUACCGAUAUUACCAUUAUUUUCGAAUAGUGUCAAAGAUCUGACACUCAAUUACAACCAAAAUGCAUCGGGCAAGAGCAGUAUUUCAUGCAACUAGUAAAGUCGGCAAUUCUGAGAGAUUUGCAUCAUGGCUCCUCAACAAACCACAGAAAGCCGCUGUGACAGUAAACACCAAUAGGUGGAAAAGUUCAACAGCGGCAGAGCCAUUCCUCAAUGGAUCCAGUUCGGCGUACGUGGAGACUAUGUAUAAUGCAUGGCUCACUGAUCCUAAUUCAGUACACGCGUCGUGGGACGCAUUUUUUCGUAAUGCGACCGCUGGCGCCCAACCUGGUGCCGCGUACACAUCGCCUCCGAACCUCGCGCCGUACAAUAAAAACGAAGUUCCACUAACAGCCCUCGUACCAGCUUCCGGUGGAAUGCCUUCUAUUGCUUCAGGAUCACCAAUCAACGAGAAGAUAAUUGACGACCAUUUAGCGGUUCAGGCCAUCAUCAGAAGUUAUCAGGCUCGCGGUCACCUGGCGGCCGAUGUGGACCCACUUGGCAUCACGACGGCCAACCUGCCCGAACUGGGCAUGCGCGCGCCGCGCUCCGAGCUCAUCAUGAGGAAAUAUUUCAAUUUCGAUCCUUUGGGCAUCGCCACCGGGGAUCCGACUUCGAGCGGCGAGUGGCACGGUGGAUUACGAGCCUUCGCUAACGAGGCUGUUAUUAGGCAACACGUGCGAUUCGGUAUGAAGCAUUCCACCAAAAUAUAUAUUGCAAUUGAUAUUGGGAUGUCAACUGAUGAAGCUGAUAUGGACAGAGUAUUUAAAUUGCCUUCGACAACGUUUAUCGGCGAAAAAGAAAAAGCCCUUCCGUUAAGGGAAAUCCUGAAUCGUCUAGAAGAGGCUUAUUGCAACAAUAUCGGUAUAGAGUUCAUGUUUAUCAAUUCAUUAGAACAAUGCAAUUGGAUAAGACAGCGUAUGGAACCACCCAAUGUUACAAAGAUGAAUAACGACCAGAAGAGGUUGAUACUUGCUCGUCUCACUAGAUCUACUGGAUUUGAGAACUUCCUUGCAAAGAAAUGGUCGUCGGAGAAGCGUUUCGGUCUAGAAGGAUGCGAGAUCCUGAUUCCUGCCAUGAAACAGGUCAUCGAUGUCUCCACAAAACUAGGCGUCGAGUCAAUCAUCAUGGGCAUGCCUCACAGAGGUCGUUUGAACGUGCUAGCCAAUGUGUGUCGCAAGCCUCUACAUCAGCUGUUCACGCAAUUCGCUGGACUGGAAGCGGAAGAUGACGGGUCCGGUGACGUGAAGUACCACUUGGGUACAUAUAUUGAGCGCUUGAAUAGAGUUACGAACAAGAACAUUCGCCUCGCUGUAUGUGCCAACCCAUCCCAUUUGGAGGCAGUAGACCCCGUGGUACAAGGAAAGACUAGAGCCGAACAGUUCUACCGUGGUGACAAUGAAGGCAAAAAGGUGAUGUCAAUCCUACUUCAUGGAGACGCUGCGUUCGCCGGCCAAGGUGUUGUGUUCGAAACUAUGCAUCUGUCCGAUCUACCGGCGUAUACUACGCACGGUACAAUACACAUCGUGGUCAACAAUCAGAUCGGAUUCACUACUGAUCCUAGGCACUCGCGCUCGUCUGCUUAUUGCACAGAUGUGGCCCGCGUAGUGAAUGCGCCAAUAUUCCACGUGAACGGCGACAAUCCUGAGGCGGUUAUGCACGUCUGUAACGUGGCCGCCGAGUGGAGAUCCACCUUCCACAAGGACGUGGUCAUCGAUAUAGUCAGCUACCGACGCAAUGGACACAACGAAGUAGACGAACCUAUGUUCACGCAACCCCUCAUGUACCAGAAGAUACGUAAAACUAAACCAGUUUUAGAGAAAUAUGCCGAUCAGUUGAUUGCUGAGGGCGUUGUGACAGCAGAAGAAGUGAAAGACGUUAGGGACAAAUACGAGAAGAUCUGCGAGGAUGCGUACAAUCAAGCUAAACAAGAGACUCAUAUCAAAUACAAGGACUGGCUUGAUUCGCCUUGGUCUGGUUUCUUCGAAGGAAAGGACCCCUUGAAGAUGUCAACAACUGGUGUGGUGGAAGAGACACUAGUUCACAUCGGCAAGCGGUUCUCUUCGCCUCCCCCGAACGCGGCCGAAUUCGAAAUCCACAAAGGUCUCCUGCGUAUCCUCAAGUCUCGUAUGGAAAUGGUCGAGAAUCGAACAGUAGACUGGGCAUUAGGAGAAGCUAUGGCCUUCGGAUCGCUACUGAAGGAAGGCAUCCACGUACGAUUGUCUGGAGAGGAUGUAGAAAGAGGCACCUUCUCUCAUAGACAUCACGUUCUCCAUCAUCAAAAGGUUGACAAGGCUACAUACUGUCCACUAGCACACUUAUACCCCGAUCAGGCACCUUAUACAGUUUGCAACAGUUCACUAUCGGAAUAUGGUGUGCUCGGCUUUGAAGUUGGUUACUCUGUGACAAAUCCAAACGCCCUUGUGUUAUGGGAGGCUCAGUUCGGUGACUUUAACAAUGUGGCCCAGUGCAUUAUUGACCAGUUCAUCUCCAGCGGUCAAGCCAAAUGGGUUCGACAAUCUGGCAUCGUUUUACUUCAACCCCAUGGUAUGGAAGGCAUGGGCCCCGAACACUCCUCAGCCAGACUUGAAAGAUUUUUGCAAAUGAGCUCUGAUGAUCCCGACUACAUGCCACCAGAGAGUCCCGACUACGAAGUCCGUCAACUGCAUGAUUGCAACUGGAUCGUGGCCAAUUGUUCUACGCCCGCUUCAUAUUUCCAUAUUUUGAGAAGACAGAUCGCGUUACCUUUCCGUAAGCCACUGAUUAUCAUGACGCCCAAAUCUCUGCUGCGUCAUCCAGAAGCUAAAUCCUCAUUCGACGAGAUGAACGAGGGCACGGCAUUUAGAAGACUUAUCCCUGAAGAGGGCGCUGCGUCCAAGAAUCCUGGUAGCGUUCGCAAACUGGUGUUCUGUUCAGGACGUGUUUACUAUGAUCUGCUGAAGCAUCGUCGUGACCGUGGAUUAGAAGCUGACAUUGCUAUUGCAAGGGUAGAACAAAUAUCACCGUUCCCGUACGAUCUGAUCAAGGCAGAGGUGGCCAAGUAUCCUAACGCUCAAUUAGUUUGGAGUCAGGAGGAACAUAAAAACAUGGGCUCUUGGAGUUACGUCGAGCCGAGGUUCCGUACGCUAUUGCAGAACCAGAAGCAGAUCUGGCCAAAGUCCAAAUCGCAAGGGGGUAGUUGGUUUAGUCAACUGUUCGGCAGCGCCCCACAAACUGUAGAUUCGGACUCUGAACCUGUACCACGCACCAUUAGUUACAACGGAAGGCCAACAGCCGCAUCUCCAGCCACCGGCUCCAAAGCAGCUCACAACAAGGAGUUGAGGAAUCUUCUCGACGAGUUUUGCGUAUUAUAAAGAAAUCCACUACCAUCCUGCCAUAACUUCUCCACUUAGAUACUUUCACUUUAGGGUCGCCAUCGCAUUUUGAACUCUCAUUUAUACAUAGAACUAAUAAAAUUGUCCUUACUUUCUGUUUCGUUUAUAUCUGUUUCUUUCUUCCAAACGCUUUUAAAGAUGGCGACCAUUACCGAAUUUACAUUACACACUCAUAACAAUAUUAUAAAAAAAUUGAGUCUCGAUACGAAAUUUAUCUUUGACUAUUUUCAAUUUACGAAAAUUAUCAUUAUUUUUUUAUAUGCUUUUUUUGAAUCGUAACUUUGGUUAUUUUCGAUACUGUCAGUAUUUUGUUAUUAUUCUCCUCACGAUUAGGUAGACUAGUUAGAUAGAAAUCUUAUUUAUUUAUUGUAGCUUCGUAGCUUAGCCAUAACACGUCAUUAGAUUUCGAAUUAUUUAUUGAACUAGUUAAAGCAAUAUAACAUAGUUUCACUUAAUAUUACUUAAAUGUAUCCACAUUGUUCGAUCGCGAAAUGGGCGUUUAAGAACGCUUAUAUUUUUUUUGUACAGUAUAAUAAUGUUAAAAACGUUUUAUUUUCGUAUAUAUUUAUAUAUAAUAAAUCUAAUAUAUUAUUGUCGUCGACAAGUUGAAGUUAAUGCGUUCCUUUUACUAGUCCCGACGAUUUUAUACAAAUUGUUCGUAAUCUGUAGGGUUAAAAAACGAGAUUUUACGGGCCUAUAAGUAAUGUCUUGUGAUCAAAUAUUACGUACACAAUACCUGUUACGUACAUUUAUCGACAGUGACUCGUCGGUAACGCACCGCCUUGUCUCACAAUAUAGGGAUUCGUUUAACGAUAUUGUCUACGAGAUAUUAUUAGAUAGUUGUACAUGUAGUUGUAGUAUUUUGAUUAAAAACACCCUAGUACAUAUGUUUAUUGGAACCUGCGGUCGUUAUAUUUUGCAACCGGCUUGAUCCAGUAUAGAAUGAUGUUGAAUAAUUGCAUAGAAUAAUGUGAAAUUGAUGUGCAAUCACCGUGAAUAUCUGUUUAGUGAACUUUUAUUAUGCAGAGCAACUUUAAUGCUAUACGAAAAAUAUCUACAGCCAUUAAAAGCAGCUGAUUGAAAAAAAAAACUUAACAUUAUAAAAAAGGUUACGCUACAGUUGCGAGUGUGCUAUGCAUAAAACAGUUAAUUAUUUGUAUAGGAUCAUUUACAUUAUUCUAUCCUUUAAUUACGUGUUUAGGUUUAGUUCGCAUAUAGUUACCGUCGUUCUGAACGACCUUUGUAAGGAGUAACACCAACGUCAAUGCUUUGUAUAAACCAAUGCGUAUUAUUGUCAUUACCUUAAUCUGUACGUAGAGUUAAAAUUUAAACGAUGUUUACGUAUAAAAAUUUACUGUUGACACUUUAACUAGUUUCUGAUAUUGUAUAGUUAGUUAGCUUGUACAAUCGUUCGAUGUAUCUGAAUAUUAGCUUUCUAACACAUUACCCAUGUAUUAAAUGCACUGCAACUGUUGUUUGAUUUCAUAAUUUGUAUGUUUACUUAUUUUGGAAUUGGCUCGGGACGAUAGAAGAUUACGGAAUGUUAUGUUUGAAUGUGAUGCCUGUUUGGAAGUUUACCUGAGCUCCUUUAUUGC